AUGCCUAGCCAUGAUAUGGGCUACAAGGAAGUUGAGGCACUACUUCCAAUCUUACAAGGUGCAGAAUUUGACAUUGAGUACAUCACUAAGAAGGUAGUCAAGGAUAGGGUCGUGGCUGAGUUUCUAGCCCAAAACGCAAUUGAAGCGGACGACCCUUGGGAUCUGAAAUUUCCUUAUAAGAAUUUGGGGGCAAUCGAGAUCCAAGAAUUGAAGAUGUACUUUGAUAGAGACGUGAAUGCAAAAGGUACAGGCUUAGGAGUAGUUCUGAUCAUGCCAGAAGGGGAGAUGCUGCCAAUGGCCAAGAGAUUGGACUUUAAAGUGAGUAAUGUAAUGGCGGAGUAUGAAGUAUGUUUAUUUGGGUUAGAAGUGGCCAUGGUAGCAGGAGCUAAGCAUUUGAUGGUUUGUGGGAAUUCUAUGCUGCUAAUCCAACAAGCCCUCGAAGAAUGGGAAGUAAAGGAAGAAAGGUUGAAGCCAUACGUCAACUGUUUCAAGACAUUACUUUCGAUAAAGCCUUUGGUGAUCAUGAAAUUAGAUGCGCCUUGUUAUCAAGGAGAUCGAAUAAUGCAAAUUCAGAUAAGACUAGAAGAGAAGCCAUGGUUCUAUGAACUAAAGAAGUUCACAAAAAAUAGAGAGUAUUUAAAAGAAGUGAUAACCAAGGAAAGGUAUGCAAUGCAAAUCCAAGCUAGGAAUUACAUCAGCCACGAGGGGGUCCUAUUUAGAAGAAUGGUGUCGAGGGUACAGCUCCGGUGUGUGACUAGAGCAGAAGCUCAGACAACUAAUCGAACGUCAACUGGGCGAAUGCCAUACUCUAUGGUUUACAAAAUUGAGGCAUUUCUGCCAGUUGAACUAGAGUUGAAAUCUUUGAGAGUUGUGUUGGAGGCUGAAAUACAAAAAUAUCAAUGGGUUGAGCAAAGGUGCUAG